CCAAAAUUAUGUUAUAAAUCACAAACAUCUACAUCCGUGUGAAUAAACUUCUUAUAUCCAAUUUUGCAACAACAACAAUAAUUCAAUUUCACCUGUGAAUAUAGAAAAAGAGUUUGUCUACGACUGGUGAUGUUAUAAAUGAGACAGAAAAAUCAUGUUUGAUUCAAUCUUUCUGAAUCUUUCGCCAAAGUUCUAUGUGGCACUGACCGGUACGAGCUCACUGAUAUCAGGAUUGAUUCUGAUUUUCGAAUGGUAUUAUUUCAAAAAGUAUGGAAUUUCAUUCAUCGAACAAAUCUCCCUAAACCACAUCAGCCCAUUCCUAUCAUCAACCGAGAAUCCACAAAACGGCGAGCAAAAUGGACAAUUUGAACUAAAAGUCUGGCGAAAUCCUUUCAAUCUUUUCCGAGGGUCUGAAUAUCAACGAUAUUUUUGGGCAACAGCCAAGGAACCACUCACGUAUUAUGACAUGAAUUUAAGUGCACAAGAUCAUCAGACAUUCUUUACAUGCAGCAUCGAUACUGGUAAACCUGACUAUGAAAUGAUGAUGCAUGCAUACAGGGAAAGAAAUCCUGUGUCGAGGAUCAAAAGUGCACACAAAGCACUUGAAAUUAAUCCUGAAAAUAGCUGUGCUUACAUUUUACUUGCUGAAGAGGAAGCGACGACAAUUGUUGAAGCUGAAAUUAUUCUUAAGCAGGCAUUAAAAGUUGCAGAAAUUAAUUAUAAAAAAUCACAGGGACUACAGGGAGCUUUACAUGAAGCAGCACAUCGACGAGAUGCCAAUAUUAUUAUUUAUAUUAAGCGACGACUUGCAAUGUGUGCACGAAAGCUUGGGAAGUUGAAAGAGGCAACGAAAAUUUUUCGAGAUUUAACGAAGGAACCACCGUCAAGUAUUAUUUCUGUUUUAAAUGUUCAUGAGAAUCUUCUCGAGUGCUUGCUGGAGAUGAAGGCUUAUGCUGACUGUGCUGCUGUGUUGGCCAAAUAUGACGACAUCAGUCUUCCAAAGUCAGCAGCCAUCUGCUACACUUCAGCACUCUUAAAAGCGCGAGUAGUAUCUGAUAAGUUUCAACCUGAUGUAGCUAGUCGACGAGGACUGACAACAUCUGAACUGCAAGCUAUAGAAGCGAUUCAUAGAGCAGUCGAGUUCAAUCCCCACGUACCUAAGUAUUUAUUAGAGAUGAAAAAGUUGAUUUUUCCUGCUGAGCAUAUUUUGAAGAGAGGUGACAGUGAGGCACUGGCUUACGCAUUCUUCAACUUAAGGCAUUGGAAAAAUGUCAGCGGAGCUUUAAAUCUUCUUCAAAAUACCUGGGAAGGCACCUUCCGGCUGAUUCCAUAUCCACUCCAAAAAGGACAUCUGUUCUUUCCGUACCCACAAAUGUGCACAGAAUGUGCUGAUCGUGAACUUUUGCCUAGUUUCCAUGAACUCUCAAUUUAUCCCAAAAAGGAAGUUCCUUUCUUUAUUUUAUUUACGGCUGGCUUGUGCUCAUGCACAGCUUUACUUGCUCUACUUACCCACUCAUAUCCUGAUGUUAUGUACAUUUUUGCCCAAACUAUAUUAAAUUUUGUGCUUACACCUUUUAAAUUUCUUAAGGAAAUGUUAAAUUAUUGAAAAAUCUUUUUUAUUGUGAACUUUUUUUUGUCUAAUUUAUUGAACUUUUUUUUAUUAUUUUUUGACUUGAUAUUUCCAUGAGAAUAAAGUCUUUGAUGAUGACCCAGCGACUAUGAUAAUUUAUUCGAAAG